AUGACCCUUACUUUUCUCGAGCGGCGCCCUGUUAUCGCCAUCGCCGGACUCGCGUGUGAAACGUCGACAUUCUCGCCCGCGCGAACCGACGCACCUGCUUUCCAUCCACGACGUGGACCGGAGGUGAUUGCGGAGUAUCCGUUUCUUAACGCGAGCACCGCGCUGGGAAGCGCGGCAGAAUGGCAUGGGGCACUCAUCGGCCACGCACUGCCCGGUGGGAUGGUGAUCCGAGACGCGUUCGAGGAACUGGCCAGUGAGAUCCUCCAGCGACUCGAAGUGAUCCUUCGCAAAGGGCCUCUUGACGGCUUGUGGUUCGAUAUCCAUGGCGCCAUGCGUGUCGAAGGAAUUGAUGAUGUUGAGGCCGAGCUCCUGCAGCGCGUGAGAAGCGUCAUCGGCCCCGACGUGAUCGUCUCCGCGUCAAUGGAUCUGCACGGAAAUGUGUCUAAGAACCUGGUGCACCAGACGGAUCUCAUCACUUGUUACCGAAUGGCCCCGCACGAAGAUGAAUUGGAGACGAAAGAACGGGCAUGUCAGAACCUUGUGGACAUACUCAAGAGGGGACCUGGCCGAGCUGUGCGACCGUUCAAAGCAUGGGUCCCUGUCCCCAUUCUCCUCCCUGGGGAACAGACCUCGACCCGAAUCGAACCUGCAAAAAGCCUGUAUGGACUCAUCCCCGGAGUGACCAAGGUUCCAGGCGUGCUAGACGCAGCCAUCUGGGUCGGUUACGCCUGGGCCGAUGAGCCUCGGAAUCAUGCGGUGGUCGUCGUUACGGGCUGGGAUGCCCAACCAGUCUCCGAAAACGCAGAGAGGCUAGCACAUUAUUUUUGGGAUUGCCAUGAAGAAUUCAAGUUUGUAGCGCCUACAGGGUCACUCAUGGAGUGUAUAGAUAUUGCUUUGGCGUCACCAUCACGGCCCUUUUUCAUCUCGGACUCUGGCGACAAUCCCACCGCUGGGGGCGCCGGAGACGUUACAUGGAGCUUGCGCCGUAUACUAAGCCGGCCGGAGUUCCAGAAUCCGUCUGGGCCGGUUGUCAUCUAUGCCAGCAUUCCCGGGCCUGGCGCCAUUGAUAGGAUUGUACAGGCUGGGGUGGAUGCUGUAGUUACUGUCACUGCUGGAGCCGAGGUGGACCAUGUCCACGCCGGCCCCGUUACUCUGACUGGUCGGGUCCAUGCGAUCAAAGGGGGAGAUCGAGAUGCUGUCGUGGAGGCUGUUCUGAAAGUUGGGAGUGUGUUUGUUAUUUUGACCAAGUUGCGGAAACCCUACCAUCACGAGAAAGACUUCACAGAGUUGAAGCUCUCGCCCCGAUCUGCAGAUAUUGUGUUUGUCAAGAUUGGGUACUUGGAGCCGGAACUGUUCGAUAUGGCUGCAGACUGGAGGCUCGCCUUGACCCCCGGCGGGGUCGACCAGGACUUGCCUCGACUGGGCCACCAACGCAUUCAUCGUCCAAUGUGGCCGUUUGACCGCACCUUCCCCCAAGCCCCCGAUCUUCAUGCCCAUCUGAUCGCUCCCUCCAAUGAGCCCCUGCUAUCCUGA